GCCUAGUAGGGCUUAUUAUAAGUAUAGAUAGAUAUGCCUAUUCGAUAACAGAAGUCCAUUUAAAGGAAGAAAUGCAUUAAUGGCAAACACAACACACUAACAGGAGACUAGAAAUGGAGAGAAAACAGCAUUUUGUAUUAAUCCAUGGAAGCUGCCAUGGAGCUUGGUGUUGGUACAAGGUAGUGAAUCUCCUUAAAACGGCUGGUCAUCAAGUCACGGCCUUGGACCUUGGUGCUUCCGGGGUUGAUCCAAAGCGGCUCGAAGAGAUUACUUCUUUCUCAGAUUACUUGCAGCCAUUGAUGGAUUUCUUUGCUUCUCUUCCUGAUGAACAAGAUCGGAAGGUCAUUCUUGUGGGUCACAGCUACGCCGGUCUAUGCAUUUCUCUAGCCAUGGAAAGGUUUCCCAAGAAAAUUUCGGUUGCAGUUUUUAUCGCAGCAUAUAUGCCUCAUCAUAGCUCUCCACCAGCGACUCUCAUACAAGAAUACUUCAAAAGGACUAAAGUGGAGUUUUUGAUGGAUUGUGAGUUCACAUUUAGUAAUGGCCUGGACAAGCCGCCAACGUCAGCUCUCUUUGGUCCAAACUUCAUGAAGGCCAUAGCUUAUCAACACUGCCCAUUAGAGGAUUUGGAGUUGGGGAAAAUGUUGGUGAGACCAAGCGGGCUGUUCGUGGAAGAUUUGGUGUCGGGGAAUUUGUUGACAGAAGAAAAGUUCGGGUCCGUGGAUCGAGUUUUCAUUAAAUUAGAAGGAGAUAAAGUGAUGAUGGAAGAGUUUCAACAGCUGAUGAUUCAAAACUCGCCCAAAGAUGUGAAGGUCAUUAGUGAAGCCGGCCAUAUGGUCAUGCUUUCCAAGCCCCAUGAGCUUUACCGGCUUUUACAAGACAUCGGAGACAAUUUCUCUUGAAUAUUACUCUUAUGUUUUAAUUAUUUAUUCCAUUUAUGGUUAUUGCUUAUUUCCAUUAUAA